CUCCAAUCAGGGAGCUGCUCGCGAGCACGGACUGAUAACCAAUCACAGCGCUAGGGGCGGGUCACUACUUGACCAAUCUUAAUGCAGGACAGGGAGGGAACACGAGAGCACGUAGUUUCGGAAAUCUCGCGAUACUUGGCGCGAAGCCCGCUUACUGCCCGUGCCCUAUGGUCUCGCGCAUCCUCAGGUCGGUAUAUAAAGGCGGAACGGCGACGGGAGCAGGACGGCUGGGACCGAGCAGCCCCGGGACUGAGAUAUCACUAUAUAGAUCGUAAAACAGCUGGGUGCUUUAUUUAUUUCUUUGUCUCCGGGCAUACUUUUAAAUAUUUUAACUGCUUUUGAAGUUCUUAAACUGGUUGAUAUUUUUUUCCCUCGGUUGUUUUUUUUUUUUUUUUUUUAAACACUACGGUAGUUAAAAUGGCGAGCUCGGCCAACUCGAACCCAGUGCCUAAACUCUAUAAAACUGUGAUGGAGGACGUGAUUAAUGAAGUUCGAGAGCUGUUCCUGGACGAAGGUGUGGACGAACAGGUUCUCAUGGAGCUCAAGACGCUGUGGGAGAGUAAGCUGAUGCAGUCGAAGGCCGUGGACGGUUUCCACUCGGAGGAGCAGCAGGUUCUUCAGGCUCCACAGACGCAGGUUCCACAGGUCCAGCAGACCCAACAAACCACACAACCUCCACAGGUUCUCCUUCCUCCAGCACAGCAAGCCCCUCAGCAGCAGGUGAUCAUACAGGAGCCCAAAAUGUUGCAGCACAUGAGCGCUACAGGCAUGAGUGCAGCUGCCACUGCAGCGACUUUGGCAUUGAACACCUCACCCUACCAACAGAUCAUCACUAAUCAAGGUCAGAUCCUGCAGGUGGUGAGAGCUGCUAAUGGAGCUCAGUACAUCAUUCAGCAACAGCCCCCCAUCAUGGUGCAGCAGCAGGUCCUGCCUCAGAUACAGACCAGUGGAGUGCAGGCUCCGGUUAUACAGCAGGUGUUGACCCCGCUGCAGGGUGGUCUUCCUCAGCAGACCGGUGUGAUCAUUCAGCCUCAGCAGAUCGUCCUGACUCAGAAUAAAGUGCAGCAGAACACUCAGGUGAUGCAGGCGGCCAUGGCUCAAGGACAGACACAAACACAACCCCAAACACACACACAAACUCCACAACAACCACAAACGGCACAGCAGCAAGCACAGCCUCAGCAGCAGCCACAGCAACAAGCUCCCAUGAUGCUCCAGGUGGACGGAGCCGGAGACACAUCGUCGGAGGAGGACGAGGAUGAGGAGGAUGAAUAUGAUGAGGACGAAGACGAGGACAAGGACAAAGAUGGAGGAGAGGACGGACAAGUGGAGGAGGAGCCUCUGAACAGUGGAGAUGACGUGAGCGAUGAGGAGGAUCAGGAGCUGUUCGACACAGAGAACGUCGUCGUGUGUCAGUAUGAUAAGAUCCACAGAAGUAAGAACAAGUGGAAGUUCCACCUGAAAGAUGGGAUCAUGAACCUGAACGGACGCGAUUACGUUUUUUCCAAAGCCAUCGGAGACGCCGAGUGGUAAACGAACGAAACCACGGACUCCAGUGUGAGUGAGUGAGGGACGUGUCAGAUUUCUACAGGAGGGACAGGACUGUUUUUCAGCAUCAGGAGGAAACCCACACUGCGUGGGGAAGAAGAAGAAGAAGAAGGACGUCCCGGGGAAGAAAAAAAAACAACAAAAAUAUAUCACCUGUACAUUUCUAGCGUGUUUUAGUCAGUGGAUCUACGACGACUGCCAUUUUCUUUUGGCUUCCUUCAUCCUCGGAUGGACGUCUAUAACUCGAUAUGAUAAACUUUUUAAUGCCCAGUUUGAACAAAACAAAACGAAACGCUCGAGUAGAGGCUUCGUGAGCGGAUAUAUAUCGUAGUGCCUCGAAUUAGCUGUGAAAGUAGGCAUGUGCCGAUGUUUGUGUGUGUUCUUGUUUAUCGCGAUGAAACCUUCGAUAUCGCCGCCAUGUCCGUUCUCGACUGACUUUACAGGACGAACAUAACGCUGCCUUCAGAUUUGUCCCAACAUGGCUGUCUUUACCCCCCUGAAAAAUUCCUAAUAAUUGGAACGGCACGACGACGAUAUUGUACUCCUCGCAUAUCGCAGUGUUCUUCGUAACCGAUUAACGGCACGUGCCUGCUGGACCCCCGGCGUUCGUACCUGUAGAUUAGCGUGUCGGUUUGUCGCCUCGUUAGUUAUGCAGAUAAAAGUUUCGGAUUUCUGUACUUGGCAAGUCCUGUGACAUGUUGGACACACACACACACGCACACACACGCACACACACCCAAAUUUGUUCCCUUUUUAUAUUUUAAGAUUAAGAUUUUUUCCCAGCAUUUCAAAGAAGGAACACUAAAACAACAUAUUGACAGCAAAAUAUAAAAUGUAAACCCUGUUUUAGAUAUUAUUGCGGUGUGUGUGUGAGACAUUAUUUACAGCUGGUUAAAGGAUUAAUACACUGUCAGUGUGAUGCCUCUAUAGCAUGCAUAGUCCUAAUGGCUUUAAUCUCACUCUCUCCCUGUGUGUGUGUGUGUGUGUGUGUGUGUGUGUGUGUGUGUGCAAAAUCAAACUUCAGCCAUGUCCCAUUGUUCAUUAUUAUUAUUGCUGUUGUUCUUUGUAUUAUUUCCGCUGUAUUUAUUCCCGAAAGCUCAGGCACCAUCACACACGGAGGAUGAAUCUGCACCACACUGUGCUCUUAAUACAAUUUGUUUGUAAACAUAAAUGUUUCUUUUGUUUUACUUUAGAACUUGUGCUUUUUUUUUUUUUUUUUUUUUGCUUUUGCUUUUGCUUUUUUCCUCCUUCUCCUUUUCCCCUGUUGACAAUUCAUCUGCUUUUAUUUCCAUGCUGUAACACAAUCUGAGAAAUGGGCAUCUGGGUUAUUUUUCUUCUCUUCUGUCCUCUUCUCCUGUGAUGAUGAUUAUGAUGAUGAUGAGUCUGAACUCCAGUAGAACUGUAUUUAUAUUGCGAUCAUGCUCGGGUGGAUGGACGGUUUAUCGCACCAUUUUUUUUUCACCCUUUUUUUUUCUUUUUUUUUUUUUCUUCCACUCGGUCAUAGAUUUUUAUGUCUUGUUUAAUCUCCUGCUUGUUCUUUUAUUGUCUGUGCCUUUCGAUAUUAUUUGAGCUAUCAGGUAUUUUGCGAGGAAGCGGUAGCCUUUUUAGAGUAAAACCCUUAAAAGAAACUGUACGCUUUGUUUUUAAUGAUUGUUAAUAAAUCGUGCGCUGAAACUGA